CAACUCAUCCACAGUGCAGUUAAACCUUACAGCUGUGACCUGUGUGGAAAGUCUUUUACCCAGGCUGGAAACUUAAAAACACACCAACUGAUCCACAGUGGAGUUAAACCGUACAGCUGUGACUUGUGUGGAAAGUCUUUUACCCAGACCAGAGACUUAAAAAGGCAUCAACUCAUCCACAGUGGAGUUAAACCUUACAGCUGUGAGUUUUGUGGAAAGUCUUUUACCCAGGCUGGAAGCUUAAACACUCACCAACUCAUCCACAGUGGAGUUAAAGCUUACAGCUGUGAGUUGUGUGGAAAGUCUUUUAGCCAGGCUCAAAGCCUAAAAACACACCAAGUGUUACACAGUGGAGUUAAACCUUACAGCUGUGGGUUGUGUGGGAAGGAUUUUACCCAGGCUGCACACUUAAAAUCUCACCAACACAUCCACAGUGGAGUUAAACCUUACAGCUGUGAGUUGUGUGGAAAGUCUUUUACCGCUGGAGACUUGAAAAGACACCAACUCAUCCACAGUGGAGUUAAACCUUACAACUGUGACUUGUGUGGAAAGUCUUUUUCCCAGGCUAGCGGCUUAAAAACUCACCAACUCAUCCACAGUGGAGUUAAACCUUACAGCUGUGACUUGUGUGGAAAGUCUUUUCAAUAUCCAUAUCAGCUGAAAAAACACCAACAGAUCCACACCUGAAAGUAACUCUACAGGUGCAGUUACUGUGAGGUAUGUAUUUAUUUUUAUCUUGUAUUUUUAACCUGAUUGUUUGGAACAAGUCUGAUCAGUAAACUUAUGGAGUUAUACUGAAUGAACUGUUUGGAAAAAUGAAGAAUCAUUUUCUCUCAGUAAGCUGAGUGUUGUAAUCUAAAUAGUAAAAUUUAAUUGGACGUUCGCAGAGAUGCUGUCUUUGUUUAGAAGUGGAGCAAAGCACAUGGAUCCAGUUCUCAACCCUGUCGUCACUGUGGUGGUGGAAAAGAGUUUCUCUGUGACCUUUGUGGAAAAACUUCAAUCAUCAACGGGACCUAAAACCUCAUCAACGUAGACACACUGGAGACAAAAUGAACUACUGCAAAGAAUGUGGGAGAGGCUUCCACACACCAAGUACAUUAAAAAUACAUGAACUCUUCCACAGUGGGGUCAAAAAGCACAUCUGUGACCAGUGUGGGUCAUCCUUCACCACUGGACAUAAUUCAAUAAAAUAGCAUAAGCGAAUCCACACAGGAGAGACACCAUACAAGUGCAGACACUGUGACAAAAGCUUCUCACAAUCAGGUCAUCGUAACAAACAUGAACGUACACACAUGGAA